AACAUGAGUAUGUCUCUGUCACUCAGUGUUUGUCUCUGCCACCACCCUGUUCCUUAACUGUGUCAUUUAUGUUGUCGGUAUAAGUGUCUCACACACGUUUUGGGUCUUUUACCUUAGCAGCAGGGUGUGUAUGUGUGGUUUGUGUAUGUCUUUACAUUGUAAAAGAUCAUGUGAGUUUAAUCUUUCCACAGUUUUAAGAGAGACUUUACUCCAUUUAAAAGGCAUUUCUCACCCAUUGGUCUGGUGUCACCUUCCUGGUGACAGAUAUGGGGACUCAGUCCCUUCUCCUGAGGCCGUACUGCCCUUCCCCCAACUUGGAAGUCCCCUAGCUUCUGAGUCGUUGCUUUCCCUAAGGAUUCAGAAUUUUAGCAAAGAGGUAAAGUGAAAUCUUGAUCUCUCCACAUAAAAGAGGAAAUACGGGUGGGAUAAAAAAGUUCGCCUCCCUCCCCCACCAGCCCUCCUUGUUUUCCUUAGCCGGUUUAGUAAAACAGACUGAGUAAUAGUAAGGAGAGGACAAAUUUCCCCGAAGUCCUCUGUGCACCCCACCCCCAUACACACACCUUUCAGUGGGGACUGGGCAUGACUCCAGCUGUGCUGGCAGAGCUCCCAGCAGCUGUGCUAGGCAACAGGCCUGAUGGGUGAGGGUAUGGGGUGCGUGUUGCCAGGAUUUCCCUGUCACACGGUGAGAGGACAGACCCAGUUUGGAUCCUGGGAUCCCCAUCCAAAUUGGAUAGAAGCUGAAGAAGGAGACACCAAUUCUAACUCUAAACAGACUCACCUCCCCUACCCUGCUAGAUUUCUGACCUCCAGUGUUCUACCCCCCGCUUGUCUCUUGAUGUCCAUACUGUGUCCAUGUCCGUCUUUCCAUGUCCAACUACUUUUUCCAUGUCCCCCCAGGCUCUCAGUGCCACACAGUGGGGAAGGGGUGGGGGUCACCAUGUCAUCGUAUCAGAAGGAACUGGAGAAAUACAGAGAUAUAGAUGAAGAUGAGAUCCUCAGGACCUUGAGCCCCGAGGAGCUAGAGCAGCUGGACUGCGAGCUGCAGGAGAUGGACCCUGAGAACAUGCUCCUGCCAGCUGGAUUAAGACAACGAGACCAGACAAAGAAGAGCCCAACGGGGCCACUGGACCGAGAGGCCCUUUUGCAGUACCUGGAACAACAGGCACUAGAAGUCAAAGAGCGGGAUGACUUGGUACCCUUCACAGGAGAGAAGAAGGGGAAACCCUAUAUUCAGCCUAAGAGAGAAAUCCCAGCACAGGAACAGAUCACCCUAGAGCCUGAGCUGGAAGAGGCCCUGGCCCAUGCCACAGAUGCUGAGAUGUGUGAUAUAGCAGCAAUUCUGGGCAUGUACACACUGAUGAGCAACAAGCAAUAUUAUGAUGCCAUCUGCAGUGGAGAAAUCUGCAACACUGAAGGCAUUAGCAGUGUGGUACAGCCUGACAAGUAUAAGCCAGUGCCAGAUGAGCCCCCAAACCCCACAAACAUCGAGGAGAUGCUAAAGAGGGUUCGAAGCAAUGACAAGGAACUGGAGGAGGUGAACCUCAAUAAUAUACAGGACAUCCCAAUAACCAUGCUAAGUGAGCUGUGUGAGGCGAUGAAGACAAACACCUAUGUCCGGAGCUUCAGUCUGGUGGCCACAAGGAGUGGUGAUCCCAUUGCCAAUGCGGUGGCUGACAUGUUGCGCGAGAACCGUAGUCUCCAGAGCCUGAACAUUGAAUCCAACUUCAUUAGCAGCACAGGACUCAUGGCUGUGCUGAAGGCUGUUCGGGAAAAUGCCACACUCACUGAGCUCCGUGUGGACAACCAGCGCCAGUGGCCUGGUGAUGCAGUGGAGAUGGAAAUGGCCACCGUGCUAGAGCAGUGUCCCUCUAUCGUUCGCUUUGGCUACCACUUUACACAACAGGGGCCACGAGCUCGGGCUGCCCAAGCCAUGACUCGGAACAAUGAACUACGUCGCCAGCAAAAGAAGAGAUAAGACCACCCUUCCCUUGACCAACUAGAGCUGGGAACCCUGGACACGUAAAUUCUCAUUUCCCCUCUUCCUGUAAAUAAAAGCCCUUUUGUCCAUCC